ACCCCUCCCUCAUCAAUCAUGUCGGGUGUUUUCUAGUCUCGUCAGCCAUGGUUUCAUCGCUCGACCCAUUUACUAUCAAUUUUUAAUUGUCACUAAAAAAAAAUCACUACUACUACCCCCAAAAAAUAAGCAAAAAUUGAAAACUCUGUUUUCCCUUCCCCCCUUAAACCCGUAACUACCUUUGAGGUAGAGAUGGAAAGCCACAGUACUAACGCCAACAUCCACAGCAAUCUGCAACAGCAGCAAGAGCAACAGCAACAACAGCAACAACAGCAACGUCGUAACAGACUAACUAAGAAACCUCCCUCCUCCAUCCAUAACCAUCACCAUCACAGUCACAGCUAUUCUCUCACCGCUGAUGGUCGCUUUGACGCCCAAUCCCUCAAGAGCAAACGGAGCUCCACGAGCCUGAGGCGAGCUCCAAGUGCUCCCCACAGAACUCCCGCUACUACAACUGUUAGCGUUGCUAAUAACGUUGCUAACAUUGCUAACGUUGGCAUUAACAACGCGUCAAACUCCGCAGCAUCGCCCCGUCUCCCACCACCACCCACUACUACCGCUACCGCUACCGCCGCCACCACCACCACUACCGUAAAUAACAAUACCAACAAUAACACAACUUAUUUCUCCUCACCUUUACUGUCUCCUGCUCAAUUUUCCCCCUCUGCCAUUUCCUCACCUCACCAUUUAGUCUCGUCUUUACAGUCGCCGUCGCCUUCUCGUAACGCAUUUCCUCUCGCCGCCGACGGAGCCGCAAUUGGGUCUAGAACCGGCAUUGGCACUGGCACUGGCACUGGCACUGGAACAGGCACAGGUACAGGCACAGGUACAGGCGUAGGAAUAGGCAUCGGUAUCAGGUAUCCGACGUCAGGUCAACGCCUGUCUGACCCCUAUUUUCUCCAACCACUUUCCUCCCAGACUCCCGAGGAAUUUAUCGGCGCACCCUUUGACGGCAAUUCUAUCCUUAGUCAUUUCGACACUGCCAAGUCGCCCACGUACCAGUUUUCUUCCCAAACCCGACCGCCACCGCCCCCGCUAUCGAAUUCAACUCCCGACCCGCGUGUAAUGAGCCCUCCUCCCUUGCGACAGUCGGCUAGCUUCUCCGCCUUAGACGCCAACAUGUCAGAGAAGUCCCAUGGCGCACGUGUCAAUGAGAACCCCGUUGUCCCCCCGAAACGGUAUUCCGAUGAAUCCAAAGAUCUCAAGGGUCCCGGUGUCUUGAGAAAAAAGUCGGGCUUUUCCGGCCUCAUGAGCACAUUGGUGGGGUCGCCCAAGAAACCCGUCAUAUCGGCUCCAGAGAACCCCGUUCACGUCACCCAUGUCGGUUACGAUAGUUCCACCGGCCAAUUCACGGGCCUACCCAAAGAAUGGCAACGCCUAAUCAACGAGAGUGGUAUUCCAGAGAAUGCUCGAAGGGAAAAUCCACAGAUGAUUGCGGAUAUCGUCACAUUCUAUAAGGAAACCACAGAGAAGCCGCACGAAGAUCAGGUUCUGGAGAAGUUCCACGAUGUGAGAGCUACUGAGCUGCGCACCCAAUCUGGUGGAAUGGCAACAUCCCCCGGCAUGUAUGCGUCAAACUAUGCGGGUAUGUCACCUAUGAUCAGUCCACCAGCAAGUCCGAGAUUUCCAAUCGUGAAUAAUGAAGGCACCUUCGAGAAUCCCCGCGCCCCCCCUCCGGUACCCAUACCUGGGAAGAGCCCGGUGCUGCACUCCAUCAAGGAUCACCCCAACUUGCAGCCCAGCCGACCCGCGCCGAAACCCCCCGUCUCUUUGCAGACCCGAGCUACACAACAACUGCCCUAUGCCACUACCAAAGAUUCGGGCAUUGGUAUGGCACAGGCCAGCGAAGAUGGUCACUCGACAGGGUCCCAUGUUUCGCCACCGAAGGACAGCGUCCCCAUGCUCCCCGAAGAGCACCGAUCGAGAUCGAGAUCGAACUCGCGAGUCAACGGGUCUCAACCCCACACACCUGUCGGCCAGUCAUCGCCAGCCGUUCAAGCGGCUUAUCAGCACCAACUAAUGCAGCAGCAGCAAGAACAGGCUAUGGCACAGGCCCAGGCUGCUAUGAAAGGUCAGCUUAGUAGGUCUGCGAGUACUAAGCAGUCUCCCGCACAGCCAAUGGCCCCGAGCUCACAGCACCAAAUGGGUCGCGUCCCUGAGGCUAACGGUGCCGGCAAUGCGGCCUAUGCAGCACGAGGGCCUCCGGCGCAGCAGUCACGCCCGCGCAACCGGCCGCGGCAAAGUACCAGUAUAGAUGUAGCAGCAGCGCUGAAACGUAUCUGCUCCGAAGGCGACCCUCGCGAGUUAUACCGUGGCUUUACUAAGAUUGGACAAGGUGCAUCUGGUGGUGUCUAUACCGGCCACGAGAGGGGAUCGAAUCGACUAGUAGCCAUUAAGCAGAUGAAUUUAGAGCAGCAGCCAAAGAAGGACUUGAUCAUCAAUGAAAUCUUGGUUAUGAAAGAGAGCUCACACCCGAAUAUCGUUAACUUCAUAGAUAGCUACCUAUGCGGUGGUGAGCUUUGGGUCAUCAUGGAGUAUAUGGAAGGAGGUAGUUUGACUGAUGUUGUCACUUUUAAUAUAAUGACGGAAGGGCAGAUCGCUUCAGUCUGUAGGGAAACCUUGAAAGGCCUCCAGCAUUUGCACUCGAAAGGAGUUAUACAUAGAGACAUCAAGUCUGAUAAUAUUUUGUUGUCGUUGGAUGGUAAUAUUAAGCUCACCGAUUUCGGAUUUUGCGCACAGAUCAACGAGGCGCAUAAUAAGCGGACUACGAUGGUUGGUACGCCGUACUGGAUGGCACCGGAAGUGGUCACUAGAAAGGAGUACGGAAGGAAAGUCGACAUCUGGUCCCUAGGUAUCAUGGCUAUUGAGAUGAUAGAAGGGGAGCCGCCGUAUCUUACCGAGUCGCCGCUUCGCGCUCUGUGGUUAAUCGCUACUAACGGCACACCGCAAAUCAAAGAAGAGCAUAAUUUAUCUCCAGUAUUCCGGGAUUUCUUAUAUUUCGCCCUAAAGGUGGACCCGGAGAAGAGAGCGAGCGCACACGACUUGCUUCGGCACGAAUUUAUGAAGACUUGUGUCGACCUGUCGUCUUUAUCACCACUCGUCAGGGCCGCAAGGGAAGCCCGGCUAGAGGAGAAGGCCAAUAAGGGUCAAUAAAUGUCUGUCAGUCAUGUUGCAACGUUUUGAAGAUGUUGGAAUAAUUU